AUGAACAAGACUUCUCGGACGGAUGAGCCAUAUGAAGGAGAUGGCUACAACCAAAAUCCGAAUCCUCUUUCGAACGAUUUGGUCACCAAUGAAGCCCUGAAUGGCAUUGUCAACUCGAGGGAGCUGAAGAGGGAGGAACCGCAGUCCUUGCAUGGAGAAACGCAGAAUGUUGAUCGUGAUAAGAAUGCCAAUACUCAUCCUGCUACGGGAUCGGGCGAGGCGUCGAACUCGCUGGCCAGUCCACUGACUGGUCAGCUCCCAAGAGGAGAUAACAAACUUCCUCUGUCACAAAUAGCUACUGUUACACCCGAUAACGAAGCUGCUGGCCCCUCUGGCCCAGAGAAUAGCCGUGAUUCCCUAAUUGAGCGAGUUAAGAAAGUUUUGCUCAAAUUUUGCACUUUUAUUGGCCCGGGAUUUAUGGUAUCUGUGGCGUACAUUGACCCCGGUAAUUAUUCAACUGGGAUUGCUGCUGGAGCAUCGUAUCGGUUUCGGUUGUUGUUUGUCAUUCUCAUGGCGAACCUAUUCGCCAUUUUGCUCCAGUCCCUUGCUAUUAAGCUUGGAACUGUAAGUGGAUUAAAUUUAGCAGAGGCAUGCAGAGCCUUUCUCCCACGGUGGCUCAACAUCCUGCUAUAUGUUCUUGCCGAAGUGGCCAUUAUUGCCACUGAUAUUGCUGAAGUAAUUGGAUUUGCGAUCGGCUUGAAUCUCCUUAUCCCAAAGAUACCGCUGAUUGUCGGAUGCGCAAUCUCAAUCUUCGACGUCAUGAUUAUUCUGUUUUUCUAUCGUCCAGAUGGUUCCAUGAAGGCUCUGCGUGCCUUUGAGGCAGUGAUCAUCAUCUACCAAGCAUGUGGUAUUCUCGGAGCAACAGUCAUGCCGCACAGCCUCUACCUAGGGUCAGGAAUAGUUCAGCCACGUCUGCGAGAGUAUGAUGCAAAAAGCAAACUCUUGCCGCCAGAACUACUGUCGGCAUCUUCUUCCGUCAACGAAGGAGUCGACAAGGAUAAAUUGCACUACAUUCCGUCCAUCCGCGCGAUCAGACACUCGCUGAAAAUCUCCAUUGCCGAACUGACGGUCUCCUUGUUUUCCUUCGCCCUCUUUGUCAAUUCAGCAAUUCUUAUUGUUGCAGGUGCAUCCUUAUACAAAAAUAAGGAUGCUCUAGAGGCAGACAUAUUUGGGAUCCACGCGCUUUUGUCAAAAUCCAUUUCUCCUGCAGUGGGUACAAUUUUUGCUCUGGCAUUGCUGCUUUCUGGAAUCUCUGCCGGAGUUAUUUGUACCAUUGCUGGCCAAAUGGUGAGCGAGGGCGCCUUGAAUUGGAAGCUUCGGCCCUGGCUACGACGUUUGGUAACUCGAAGUAUCAGUAUCGUCCCAAGCAUCAUAAUCGCAGCAGCUGUGGGGCGUCAGGGACUGAACGCAACAUUGAACGCAUCCCAAGUAGUAUUGAGUAUUGUACUGCCAUUUAUUACGGCACCCCUGAUCUACUUUACUUGUCUCAACAAGUAUAUGACAGUCCAGCCCGGGAGUGCACGUUGUCUUGCACCCAAUGAAGGCAUAUUCCGGAACAACCGUCAGGUCGUUGGGGCUGCACACCAGGGUGAAAGCAUUAUUAAAAUGGCAAACUCAUGGUACAUCGCUGUCGUCGCUGGGCUGGUGUGGCUUUUUAUCACCGUGAUGAACGUCGCUAAUCUGGUGCUCCUUGGGCAGGGGGCAUGA